ACCAGGAAGUGAAGAGAAGCAGAAGUGAUUCCGUGUGUAGGAGCUGAAUCUCGUUACAUAACACAGCCAUUUAGGACUGUCCACAGUGUCUAAACCUGCCUCGAGUCAGUGUAACCCGGGGUUUUGAGGCGGUUUGAUGUGAAAUGGCGGGAUGAACAUAAGGGCUUCAUGUGGAUUUUCCUGGAUGUAUGUAUGAUGACAUCGUCAGACUGAGACUCUGUAACAUGUACUGGAAUGUUGGAGCUGAUGAAGACUCUGAAGACCAGCCUGCCUGCUGCAAUGCUGAGCAAGAUGGCAGUGCAGAAAUGGGAGCCAAGCACUCGGCGGCGGGCAGUGCUGUCUUGUCCCAGUCGCCCACCUUAGAAAACAUCCGCGAAGCAUAUGUGCAAGGCGAAGAGCUCAAGGCGCAGGAGCUGAUCCGGAUCGCCUGCCAGGAGAGCGGCGGAGGGCGAGCAGACAUGCUAGAGCUCCUGUGCGCUGCCAGUCAGCAUGGUGACAAAGAGAGUGUUCGGUUCCUGUUGAAGGAUGCUCGGGUCCCUUUUCCUCAGGAAACCACUGAAGGAAAUCCAGCCAUCUUGGCUGCACAUUAUGGCCAUUGCUCAGUUGUUCAAGAGCUUCUGAACUCCAUUCCAUCUCCAUGUAUUCGUAAAGAUCUGUUGAACUGGAUGCUGGCGACGGCGUGUCAGCAGGGUCAUUUGGAGGUGGUAAAGCUGCUGAUUCUCAAUUACCAGGCCGAUGCCGAGGACUGCGCCCUGCACAGUGAUGAGUUUGCAGUCAUUACUGGCCUGCCGCUGUAUGCUGCAGCCAGGGCAGAAAACAAGCAGAUCGCUACGUUUUUGCUGGAAAAUGGAGCCGGUUUUUCUUCAUACGCCUUGAUGGACCAUCCAAAGUUCACACAGGAGCUGCUGAGAGAGCGCCUGGUGGAGGACAGAGAGACACGCAGUGACGGCAGAGUGCAGCAACCUGUGAGUGUGCAGUGGUCAGGAUUAAAGCUGCCAUGGUUGGAGCUCGACUGGUUCCUGGAUGUUUCCUCCAGGAUCACAGUGCUGGAUGUGUCACACAACGGCCUGAGCUCUCUGCCCUCUGUGGUGCCGUGGGGUUUCAUUAACCUGCACACGCUCAAUCUCUCACACAACAAACUCAAAGAGCUGCCCACACCCCAAUCCUCCCAGGAGAUCAUUUGUCUCAGAUUACGCCAGGUCAAUUUGUGUGAGAACCAGUUGGAGAGUCUCCCGGUUGGCUUCCUGCAUCUUAGUCAGAUCCAGAGACUCUUCGCAGCCAAGAACAGACUCAGCGUCCUCUUCAGCAUCCCUAAUGGCACUAACUGGAUCGGGCUGCGCAGGCUUCAGGAGCUGGACGUGUCUGAUAACCACCUGAUUGAUCUCCCAUCCAGCGUGAUGCACUGCUUUAAGUCCCUCAACAGCCUCAAUAUCAGCAAGAACAGACUAAGCCGCUUCCCGGAUCCCUGGGCCUGUCCUCUGAAAAUCUGCAAAGCUGCAUCCAAUCAGAUCGAAAGUCUUCCUGACACAAUCUCUAUUUUUUGGAGGACUCACUUGAAGGAGGUGGACUUCUCAGAGAACGCCCUGAAGGAGCUGCCCUCUUACAUAUUUGAGCUUGAGGCCAUCGUCUCUCUGAAGCUAUGUGGGAAUCAGAUCACCACCCUGCCGCCUCCAAACAAUUGGAAAUGCUCUCAGCUUCGAACCUUAGACCUGUCCAGAAACCAGCUAGGGAAGCAAAUCAGGACGGAGGAGAACGCUAAGACCAGGAGGCUCCCCUUCUUAACCACGUGGCAUCGCAGAGACCCAGAACCAGCUUGUCCCAUCCAGUUUCCCGAAAUCCUGCGGGAUUCACUGGAAGUCCUCUUCCUCAACGACAACCAGCUGGACUGUGUGCCUCCGUCCGUGUGCACCCUUAAAACCCUGUCCGAGCUCUAUCUGUCCAAUAAUCCAGGCAUCCAGGAACUCCCAGCUGAACUAGGUCAACUUUCAAACCUCUGGCAGCUAGAUAUAGAGGAGCUAAACAUCAGCAAUGUGCCCGCAGACGUCUGCAGGGAUGGUCCGGCGGCUGUGCUGGCAUUCCUGCGUGCUGAGCUGCGCUGUGCCGAGGCCUGCAGGUUGUUGAAGCUGAUGUUUGUCGGUCCGCCGCGUCAGGGGAAGAGUACUCUCCUAGAGGCCCUUCAAACCGGAAAAAACUCAUUGUUUUCCCCAUCUGAUCACAGCAUCCGCACCUCAUCCUGGCUCCUAGAGAGACCCAGUGGAGUCAAGAAUAAUGUUGACUCUGUGUCCUUUAACGUGUGGGACAUCGGCGGUCCGGCCAGCAUGUCCACAGUGAACCAGUGUUUCUUCACGGAUAAAGCUCUAUAUGUGGUGGUUUGGAACCUGGCACUAGGAGAGGAGGCUGUGGCCAACCUGCAAUCAUGGCUGCUCAACAUAGAGGCCCGUGCCCCAAACUCAGCAGUAGUGGUCAUUGGUACACAUCUGGACCUCAUUGACACAAAGUUUCGCACAGAGAGGAUUGCCACACUACGAGCCUACAUCCUGGCGAUAUGCAGGACACCAUCGGGUGCCAGGGCCAGCGGAUACCCCGACAUCACCUGGAAGCACCUGCAUGAGGUGUCGUGUAAGAACCUAGAAGGCAUGGAUGGUCUCAAGAGGCUCCUGUAUCAGGUGGCCUGCUCCAUGAAGGACAUCAGUAAUCCUGCCAGCUGCCACAAACUGGUGGGAAGACUGAUCCCCAAAAGCUACCUGACUCUUCAGGAGGCCGUGUUAGCCGAGCGUCAGAGGAGAGAUGCCGAAGACAAGGUGCAGUACCUGACGGACCUGGAGCUGGAGGAGAUAAUCGAACAAAGCCCAGACAGUGAUAUCAAAGACUACGAGGACCUCCAGAUUGCGAUAAAUUUUUUAAUCGAGACGGGCACCAUGCUGCAUUUCCCUGAUACAAGUCAUGGUCUUUGUAAGCUUUACUUCCUGGAUGCCGUAUGGCUAGCUGAGUGUUUGGAGCGGAUUGUGCACCUAAAGAGCUCGCGCUCUGUGGCGCGUAACGGCCUGAUCCGAACCGAAGACCUGCGUCUGCUGCUGAAAGGCACCGGCUUUACCGAGCACACUGACGAACAGUACUUCCAAUUCCUUGCCAAGUUUGAGAUUGCGCUGCCAGUGGCCAGCAACAGUUAUCUCCUGCCUCACCUGUUGCCUCCCAAACCAGCCAUGGAUAUCCACUGCUUCCGUCAACAUACCAGCAACACUAUCCAGCGCCAGUUUAAGAUGAGCUUCGUUCCAGCAGGAUUCUGGGAGCGCUUCAUCGCCCGCAUGCUGAUCAGCCUCAGUCAGAUGGACCUGCAGGCCUUGGAGACCAAGAAAGGCUCACGGAACCCACGGAACAGGAACACAGUGAUUUAUAGCUUUGCCGGGAAGCAACUGAAGAACCGCUGCAGCACAUUCCGAGUGCGUCGUAGCCAAACCAUCUACUGGAAAGAAGGGCUGUUGGUCACCUUCGAUGGGGGAUACCUGAGUGUGGAGUCAUCAGACCUGAACUGGAAGAAAAAGAAGAGCGGUGGCAUCAAGAUUAUCUGUCAGUCAGAGACUAGGGAUUUCUCAGCGAUGGCCUUCAUUACGGACCACGUUAACUCUCUGAUAGAGCAGUGGUUUCCUGCAUUGACAGCGAGCGAGAGUGAUGGAUCUCUGCUGAUCGAGCAGUACGCUCCCUGUCCUUAUUGCACUGCAGUGUCGCGCCACACCGACUCACUUCCCCAGACCAGCUCUACUUCGAGUGCAGUUCACUACUUUAACAUGGAGGACUGCGUACUUGCCGCUGCUGAGAAAGACUACAUCACCUGCCCCAAUCACCCUAAAGAGGUUGUGCCACUCCAGGAGCUCGUACCAGAGCUCUUCAUGACUGACUUUCCCUCACGGUUGUUCCUGGUGAAAAGUGAACUGGAGUGUAGUGAACAGGAAAAAGAUAUCCUCGGUCAGGGAGGCAGCGGCACCAUCAUCUAUAAAGCCAAGUACAGAGGCGAGCCAGCGGCCAUCAAACGCUUCCACUUUAAGAAGUGCAGACAGCAGACACUCAACCACGGCACAGAUACCAUGCUGAAGCACUUGCAGUCGAUGGACGCUUCCAGAAGCUUCUCCGAGUUUCGGCAGGAGUCUAGCAUGUUACACACCCUGCAACACCCCUGCAUCGUGUCCCUGCUGGGCAUCAGCAUUCACCCGUUGUGUUUUGCACUACAGCUGGCUCCACUUGGGAGCCUCAACACUGUGCUGGAGGAACGUAGCAAAGGCUCCUUGUUUAUGCCCCUGGGCUACAUGCUGACCUUCAAAGCCGCCUAUCAGGUUGCUGCAGGCUUGGCCUACCUUCACAGGAAGAACAUAAUCUUCUGUGAUCUGAAGUCGGACAACAUCCUCGUGUGGUCACUGCAGGUGGAGGACUCGGUUAACGUCAAACUGUCCGACUAUGGCAUAUCCCGCCAGUCUUUUCAUGAGGGAGCAUUGGGAGUGGAGGGCACGCCGGGAUACCAGGCUCCUGAGAUCCGCCCUGGCAUCGUCUAUGAUGAGAAGGUGGAUAUGUUCUCUUAUGGAAUGGUCUUGUAUGAGCUGUUGUCUGGCCGUCGCCCAUCGCUGGGUCAUCACCAGCUGCAAAUAGCGAAGAAACUCUCCAAGGGCAUCCGGCCUGUCCUGGGAAUUCCAGAGGAAGUGCAGUUCUACUGCCUGCAGGCUUUGAUGCAAGAAUGCUGGGAUACCAAACCAGAGAAACGUCCUCUUGCCAUGCCUAUCCUCAGACAGAUGCAGGAGCCGAGUUUCGCCUGUCUGAGAUACCUGUUGCCCUGCGAGCAGCACAACCAGCUCUUCCUCUCUUCACUGCAGGGCUACAACGCCGUCUUCUGGGAUGGAGAAAAAGACACCAGGAACUACACGGUGGUGAACGCAGACAAAGGUCAGGUGGAGGUGAAGCGAAUGCCGUGUCCAGGAUCACGACUCAGCUGUCAGCUGAAGACGGAGAACACCCUGUGGACCGCCACCGAGGAGCAGGAGGUCUUUAUCUACAGCCUAAAAGAGAUGUGUCCCCUGAGUCAUCCGCAAAAACUGCUUUCUUGUCCGGCUGUAGUCACAUGCCUCGCGCUGCUGCCAGCCAGGUCAGAGUCCCCACCACAGGUAUUUGCUGGCAUGGCAGAUGGCCUGAUUUCUGUGUACACUCUAGUGGAUGACUUGCCACUGGAAGGUGAGGCCUACGUGUGCUCUCACACAGUAAACAAGUCACUGUUGGGGAUGGAAGAUUUGGACCCACGCCAAAGGCCGUACCCUGUAAAGAGCAUUGUGCCUGUACGCUCGGGCUCCGAGGUGUGGUACACUAACGGGCCCGGAGUGCUUGUAAUCGACAGCUUCACGCUGCAGCCCAUUCGCCGCCUUGAUCCUUACCUCCCCCCUUCCUGCGUGGUCUCCAUAACAUGCGCUCCAAGUUUUCGAGGUGACGAGGCUGUCUGGUGUCUGGAUGACCACACUAACACGCUGCUGAUGUACCACGCCAACAGUUACCAGCUCUGCGCUAGCUACAGAUGUGGUGACUUGCAUCCAUUCCGAGACGUUUUUCCCAUCCAGAAUCCAGCAGGAGUUACAGAGGUCUCUUUGCAUACAGAGGUACAAACACAGGAAGAAGAACCAGAGACACCUGAGCUUAAACCAAAUGACACGGUAACAGUAAUUCACAGCGAGGAUGCCGGCAUACAGAUCCUCAGCCAGCAGGACUCAGUAGAUUACUGCUCUAUCAGCUCCUCAGAGUUCAGCUCAGAGCACCUUGCAGGACUCACCAACACUGACGGCUCAAGCUCAGGAGUCCUCAGUUCACUAGCCAGCUCCAGCAGCAUGCCCUUCUCCACGGACUGCGAAGAUGCAGACAGAGCUCAGGAUGAGCAGGUCUCAGAGGAGUCUUCACCACUAGGAAGCGCAGAUCCAGCAACACACAGCCAGAGUCUUCUUCACCUUCAGGCCCUUAAAGUGGUUCCAGUCAAUGGCACAAUCUGGAUACCCAGGUGCGGAGGAGACAUAAUGGUGAUCGAGGUGCAGGAACAGUCUGGGCUGCUCAGAGGUCGUGUGAUUGCGGUGCUGACUGUCCCAGGAGUACAACAAUACGGGGCCCUAGUGGAAGCUGCGUUAGUUGCAAAGGACACUGUUGUAUGCGGCUUUCGUAACGAAAACAUGGCCUGGUGCCUGGCUGUCUGGAGGGGCUGGGGAGGCCGCGAGCUCGAGCUCUUCUACCAGUCCUACGAGGAGCUCGGCCGUUUGGAGACUAACAUGAGAAAAAGAAGGUAGCUGUGUACAAGUGUGUGUGUGUGUUGCGGAGCAGAAUCGCAGCACUGUGUGGCGAAAGGUGACUUUAGGGAAUACACACAUAUGUAAAGGUAAAAAGACUCAACUAUGGAGAGUGGAGUGGACCUGCGCACUAGACGCUACACACGUACACACACACAUACCCAAGCCUCGGAGUGAGGGGGCUGACCGGAGAGGCCUCGAUAUGCAAACAGACACACCAUACACAGUUGCCAUAUGAGCUUACCUACAUACAUUAUGGACUGCAUCAUCACACACACACACACACACACACACACACUAUUAUAUUGGCUGAAUCAGAAGCAAGACUAAAAAGUCAGUAAGAGUAUACAUUAACUCAGCAAAGGCACACACACUGAGAAGUAGUACAGCAUAGCAAAAGUAUGCUCAGACGUCCUGUAACAAAAGCUCAGCUGUAUUGGAUGCGUUUCUGAGAGCCAAGUAUUCGUCAAACAUAUCAUGAUCAGCAAUCAGCAGUUCUGUAUCAACCUUAUCUUCCCCAGAGCAACUUCUUUAUACUUCGAAGCGAAUGUGGUGGCCAACGGCUAGCCAGUAGCAGUGAAGCUUGAGAUUUAAUCAGAUGAGUUCACAGGUUUUAGAAUGAUUUAGAAAAAAAUCAUCUUUGAAGGUUUUUCUUCUUGGUCCGAAUGUAAUCGAUCAGCCAUGAUUAAUGUUCAACAUUCGGUUCUUUUUUAAUUUUUGCACUAGAGCAACGAGGCUAUUGUACAGUAGGUAAUAAGUAAUAAAAAUCUGUCUCAUCCCGAAAUCCUUUCACACAGUGAAUUGUUGCAGCCUCGAUCAGACCACAUGCGGUUCUUAGGUAAUGUCACACCGACCUGCUGACGUCGUUUGGGAUACAGCUGAAAUUUCGUCCUAGACAACUUUCUUCCCUCAGAUCAGUUUGGUAUAACUGUUAGUACUCGGUUUAUAAGUGUAACUGUAAUGGAAAGUUUGUUACCGGGCCUCCGAGUGGCGCAGUGGUAAAGUGCUCGCCCUAUCAUCCUGGGAUUGCUGGUUCGAUCCCCGGGUGAUGCUGUUACCUCUCACAGCCGGAGGUUUAGAGAGCUCUCUCAUAGGGGAGGGAUGAGAGGUACUUUGUGCUCCCACAUGGGGAGCUAGCGCUUUCCUCCGAGUGUGUUACUUCGUCCCUAAUGGUGCGUAAGCAAGCAGUUCGAAAAGAUGCGGUCGGCUGACGUCACACGGUUCGGAGGAAACACGUGAUCGUCUUCGGCCCUCCCCGCUGAAUUGUAGUAGUAGCCUUAAUGUGGGAGCCCCCUAGCGACGGGGAGGAAUUGGCCACGACUAAAUUAGGGAGAAAAUUAA